CGCAUGCGGGAAACAAAAUUCGCACGGCGCAACGAGAAAAUAGUCCGCGCUCGAGAAAAUACGACGAUCGUGUCGGAGAAACUUGACACUCGUGACAGUGGUUUAGUUAGGCUGACGGUAAUUACCCCGAUCGCUCGAGGAGAAAUUAACGGAGCAGUGGAUUAGGCAGGCAGGCCAGUGCGUAAAUUAUUCGGUUCGUAUAAUCGUGGAGAAACGUCGGUGCGUGGUAGGCGCGAGAUUAUCAAAGGGCGCGGAUAUUACUGCGCGGCACGUUGUGGAAGGAAGCAGAAACCGAGCACUGGCAGGAAGUGGGUAGAAGGGGGGUACGUCGUCGAGCAGUUGAUUCGGUGGUGGCUACAUGUGGCUGUCCGCCGGUCGCAACGAAGAGACAUUUCCUAUCAGGGCAUAAGAGUUACGCGUACCGCAGUACGAUAUAAUCGUUGAGGAAAAAGAAGCACACACAUAGCCGCAAUCAUGCAGAUGGAUCCAACGUCGGUGCAACUGAUCCAGGUUCUCGAGAGGACCGUCUCGUCAGACAAAACUCAGCUGGAGGCAGCUCAAAAUUUUUUGGAGCGAGCAGCACAAACUAAUCUUCAUGAGUUUAUGCAACGACUCAGCGGUGUGCUGGUUACAACCGCUGCAUCUCCUGUUGCCCGUAUGGCAGCGGGUCUACAACUUAAAAAUCAACUUACGUCCAAAGACCCCCAAUUGAAAUACCAAUAUCAGCAACGCUGGCUUGGGAUUCCGAUAGAGAUCAGGGAAUAUAUCAAGAAAAAUAUUUUGGGAGCGCUUGGAACAGAGAACAAUAGGCCAAGUUCUGCUGCGCAAUGUGUUGCAUAUGUUGCGGUUGCCGAAUUACCUGUUGGGCAAUGGUCUGAAAUUAUUCAACUACUAGUCAGCAAUGUUGCAAAUCCAACCAGCACUGAGAUAAUGAAGGAGGCAACGUUAGAGGCCAUUGGUUACAUUUGUCAGGAAAUAGAAAGCGAUGUUUUGGUACCUCAGUCUAAUCAAAUUCUCACAGCAAUUAUUCAUGGCAUGCAGGGGUCUAGUACUUCGAAUAAUGUUCGCCUCGCAGCUACAAGUGCAUUCUACAAUUCUUUAGAGUUUACCAAAGGAAAUUUUGAGAUAGAGAGGGAGAGAAACUUUAUUAUGGAAGUAGUAUGCGAAGCAACGCAAUCCUUAAACACUCAGAUUAAAGUAGCCGCUUUACAGUGUCUUGUAAAAAUUAUGUCUUUAUAUUAUCAAUACAUGGAGCCGUACAUGGCUCCAGCUCUCUUUCCUAUUACCUUGGAAGCUAUGAAAUCAGAUAUCGAUGAAGUUGCACUGCAAGGAAUUGAGUUCUGGUCAAAUGUGUCCGACGAAGAGGUAGAUCUAUCCAUGGAAGAAGGGGAAGCUUCAGAUGGGGGUAGACCGCCGGUAAAAGUAUCAAGGCAUUACGCGAAGGGUGCUUUGCAAUACCUGGUACCUGUAUUAAUGAAAAAAUUGACCAAGCAAGAAGAGUUUGACGAUGAAGAUGACUGGAAUCCUUCAAAAGCAGCUGGAGUGUGUUUGAUGUUAUUGUCUUCUUGCUGCGAGGGGGCUAUUGUUCCACAUGUUCUUCCAUUUGUCAAAGACAACAUCAAGAGCGCCGAUUGGAGGUAUCGCGACGCUGCUUUAAUGGCCUUCGGAUCGGUCCUUGGUGGUUUGGAUACUGGAACUGUGAAACCAUUGGUAGAACAAGCCAUGUCGACUCUGAUCGAGCUGAUGUACGACAAUAGCGUCGCUGUCAGGGAUACCGCUGCGUGGACAUUCGGCCGGAUCUGCGAGAUCAUACCAGAAGCGGCUAUCAACGAGACCUAUUUGAGUCCUUUACUGGAAGCUCUAAUACACGGUUUGGAUGCGGAACCUCGCGUCGCUGCGAACGUUUGUUGGGCUUUCACGGGACUGGCUGAAGCUAGUUACGAGUCUGCGGAAUGUUCCCAACGCGGCGAACAACCAGGAACGUACUGUAUGUCCCAAUAUUUCGACUACAUUGUCCAGAGACUAUUGGAAACCACGGAUCGUCCGGACGGAGCUCAAGCGAAUUUACGGUCAGCCGCGUACGAGGCUUUAAUGGAAAUGGUCAAGAAUUCACCCCGCGACUGUUACGUAACUGUGCAGAAGACGACAAUGGUGAUCUUGGAGAGGUUGCAGCAGGUACUGCAAAUGGAAACGCAUAUCCAGACUCACUCCGAUCGGGCUCAGUACAACGAUCUUCAGUCGCUGCUCUGCGCCACCUUGCAGUCCGUGCUGCGUAAGGUCACCCCGGAGGAUGCUCCCCAAAUAUCGGACGUGAUAAUGAUGGCAUUGCUGUCCAUGUUUAACUCGAACUCGUGCAAAGCCGAAGGUGUGCAAGAGGAUGCCCUGAUGGCUGUGUCCACCUUGGUCGAAGUAUUGGGGGAGGGUUUCUUGAAAUACAUGGAAUCGUUUAAGCCUUACCUGAUCCUCGGUCUGAAGAAUCAUGCCGAGUACCAGGUCUGUUGCGCUACCGUAGGCCUGACCGGUGACAUUUGCCGGGCUUUGAAGAACAAGAUGCUUCCUUACUGCGACGAGAUCAUGACGGUGCUGCUCGAGAACCUUGGCAACAAUUCAGUCCAUCGUUCCGUCAAGCCGCAGAUAUUCUCCGUCUUCGGUGACAUCGCGUUGAGCAUCGGUCCCGAGUUCAAAAAAUAUCUGGACGUUGUGCUGCAAACGUUGGCGCAGGCCUCGCAGGCGACUGUCGACAGGAGCGAUUACGACAUGGUUGAUUACCUGAACGAGUUACGCGAGGGCGUUCUCGAGGCCUACACGGGCAUAGUGCAGGGUCUCAGAGGCGACCAGUCGAAUCCUUGCCCGGACGCCGCAGUCGCUCUUGUCGAGCCCCAUGUACCUUUCAUCAUUCAGUUCAUUACGUCGAUAGCUCAGGACCGUGAACAUUCGGAAGGUAACACGGCAGCAUCUGUGGGUCUGCUCGGUGACUUGGUCACCGUAUUCGGGGCGAAACUGUUGCCGAUGGUGGAGACGAAACCGCUCACCGACCUAUUAGACAAGGCCAAGCGAUCGCGUAACCAGAAGACAAAGGCCUUAGCUAGCUGGGCAACCAAAGAGGUUCGGAAACUUCACAACGCUACCAACUCCGCGUCCAGUUGAACUCACUAAAUCUGCUGCGAGAGCUGGCACGGUAUCUAAAUACUUUUACUACCCCGAACCCGGUCCGCGGAGGACGGUCUCACGGCCGGGAGGGUGGCGAGAAAGAGGACACCAGGAUGGAACGAAUGGUGCACCGCUCGAACC